AGGGAAGAGAGUGUUUGGUGGUUAAGAUGGCUGGAUUUGGUAGCCUUGCACCAAAGACCAAGAAUCUGGUGGUUGCUGGUGGCUUAACAGGUUUUGUGUUUGGUGUCUAUUUCUACACCAUGAGAGCUGUUGGAGGUUCAGAUGAGCUUCAAGUAGCCAUUGAUAAGUUUGAAUCUCAGAAAAUUGAGAAUGAGCCAGCUUCAUCAAAAUGACCCAUAUUUUGUAUGCUUUAAUGUUUUAAAUAAGUUUGCUGAAUUUAUUUCAUUUUAACUUUUCAAAGAAACCUGUUAUAAAUUUGUUGGGGGAAAUACGUGUUACAACUUUGUAAACAAAAUAUUAUUUUCGAAAAGAAUCGUUAACCUUUCUUUUUCUA